AUGUGGCUUUCUAGACCAUUAUCUCGGUCCUCGAGAUCCAUCGUCCUUCGUCCGAGAGCAUUUGCGUCUCUGGCCUCGUCGACUGGGCGCACCUUGAAUGUCCCGAUCGAUUUCAGCAAAUCAGGAUUGCUUCAUCACCGAGGAAGCUCUCCGGUUCAAAUACCGGAGCUUUUACAUCCAAAUGACACCAGACGAUUGAACCUUGGCCAAGCCGUGACCUCUGCUUUGCAACAAGCUCUCGAAGCCUCUCGCAAGGUUGUCUGCUUCGGCGAAGAUGUUGCGUUCGGCGGUGUUUUCAGAUGCACGGUUGGGAUUGUCGGGACGGCGAUUGGCAUGGCUGCAGAGGGACUCAAACCGGUUGUUGAAAUUCAGUUUGCUGACUAUGUCUUUCCGGCAUUUGACCAGAUUGUCAACGAGGCAGCCAAGUUCAGAUACCGCGAGGGGACAACAGGUGCCAACCUAGGCGGACUUGUUAUACGGAUGCCCUGUGGAGGCGUGGGACAUGGUGCCUUAUACCACACGCAAUCACCUGAAGCCUUGUUCUGUCACGUUCCAGGCUUCAAGAUUGUCGUUCCUCGAUCCCCAACCCAAGCAAAGGGACUCCUGCUCGCAUCCAUCCUUGACAGUGAAGACCCCGUGAUCUUUAUGGAACCCAAGAUCUUAUACCGAGCUGCUGUCGAGGAGGUGCCAGAGGAGCGCUAUACCUUGCCCAUCGGAAAGGCUGAAGUAAUCAGACCCGGUUCAGACAUAACGGUAAUCUCAUACGGGCGUCCUCUUUACACCUGCGAAGCGGCAAUCGAGGCUCUGGAAAAGGAAAGCCCUGGCGUGAGCAUAGAGCUGAUUGACUUGAGAACAAUCUACCCCUGGGAUCGACCGACAAUCCUCGAGAGUGUGAGAAAGACGGGACGUGCCAUUGUGGUCCAUGAGAGUAUGGUGAACUUUGGAGUUGGUUCUGAAAUUGCGGCAACUAUUCAGGAUCAAGCGUUCACGUACUUGAAGGCACCUGUAAAACGUCUGGGCGGUUGGACGACCCAUACCGGACUGGCCUACGAAGAGUAUAUUUUCCCAGACACAGCGAGGGUUUACAAUGCCAUGCAAGAAGUAUUAGAAGAUUACCCAUAG